CUACAUAUCUUCUUCUAUCACAAGUCACAAGAAACACACAAAAUUAUUAAACUUCAUACAACAAAACAAUGUUAAAGACCACAUUAUUUCUUGCUUUGUUCCUUCUCUUUGCCUUGAACACCAAGCCACUGCUCGGUGCAACUAAUCGUGAACCCGAGCAAGUGAUUGACACGUCCGGCAAGAUUGUUCGAGCCGGCUCUCAUUAUUACAACAUCAUCUCUGCCACACCUAACUUAUCUGGGAUCUCUCUUGCCUUCUUUACAGGUAACGAGACAUGCCCCCUUGACGUUGCGACCAUAGAUGGUUUUCAUGGUUUGCCUGUAGUGUUCCAACCCGUUAAUGCUAAAAAAGGCGUUGUUCGUGUUAACACCGAUCUCAAUAUCAUGUUCUCAUAUGAUUCAAGGUGCGAGUCAAUGGUGUGGAAGCUCAAAGACUAUGACUAUGCGACUAGACAGCGGUUUGUGACGACUAAUGGUGUUUUAGGAAACCCUGGUGCCAACACUAUUAGCAAUUGGUUCAGGAUUGAGAAGUACGAGGAUGAUUAUAAGUUGUCUUAUUGUCCGAAAGUGUGCCCUAGUUGUAGACAUCCAUGUAUGGAUAUAGGGGUAUAUAAAGAUCAUAAUAAUUGGGGCAAGCAUCGUCUAGCUCUUAGCAAUGUGCCUUUCAAAGUGCGGUUUCAGCGUGCAUGAAAACCAUCUCUCCCAGGCUCGAUUCUCCCCAUAAGAUGAAAAUGGACUUUGUUUGGGAGGAUCGUCUAUUUUAUAAUUUAUAUUUCUACAGUAUUCAAAGAAUUACUCAUUAAGCUUC